UGCACCCGUCCCUCUUCCUUUUCCUUGAAAUGUCCUUCAUCUUCCGCUCCAUCAUCCACUCCUCCUCCUCCUCACCCGCUCCUUGCGACAUCAUGUCCCCACUCUAACAGAGCCUGUUCCGCUGCUCCCACUUCGGCCGCUCGAGUCGCCGGGUUCUGGCGUCGCGCUACUCGUAGCCACCCAGUCCGCUGCUUUUCCGCCAUUCGCUCCACCCCCUCCCGCCCUCCGUCCACCGCCCUCUCCCUCAUCCUCACCACCUCCACCCACUGUCGCGAUCCCCUCUGCCUGCCAUCGCCGCACCUCAACACCCGUAUCUCUCCUCCCAGCAGGCCGCGUCUUCGGUGUCGCCUCGCUUCUUCGCUGCCCGUCAUGACCUCGGCUGAUCCUGCUGUCGGCACAAUGAGCGCCUCCACUCCCCUUGCGCCUUCCGCCCCGACCGCCGACCUCAAGCGCAAACGGAGCCCUUCACAUGAGCACAUCCAUCCCGCCCCUGCCCCGUUGCCCAAGCAAGCCAAAACCAGCAACCACCUGCAAAUCAACUACCUCGCCAGGCAUUGCGAGAACGACCUGCCGCUCAUCACCAACGAUGACACCCUUCCCAACAUCCUGUCGCUGCUCAGUGACUACCAGGGCGUGCUGGACCGCCAUGAAAGCAUGGCCUGCAACCUCGGCGCACGCCCCCUCGGCCCCAUCCUGAUCAAGAGGUUCGAAAGGCUGUUUGAUGGUCCGCCGCGGGUCCUCAAGAGCCACGGAAAAGAUGGCACUUCGGUCUCGUGGCUGGACGUGGUCGAGUUUGCCCGCAACAAGCCCGAACAGUUCCAGCUCGGCCAAAUGAGCGAAGGUGUGCGCGUCUGCCAGUUCUACACCAAACAAUGCCGAGUUCAGAUCUCCGAAGAAGAUUUUGUUCUCAUCUCUUCGGGCAUUCCACAAAAGAUGAUCCCCCCACAGCCAAUCAUCGAAGAUGAGGAGAAGGAAUUGGGCACCCUCGACAUUUUGGAAAAGAACUUGGGCCAGAUUUGUCAAUUGGCCGACCAAGUUGCUGCCAGGACUCGCCAGCUCAACCAUCGCCUCAAGGGACGCAAGCAGGCCAUCCUGGACCGGAGAGCAAAUGCCAGUCCUGCUCCGCCCGUCCGCCCUUCUAGCCCCUCGAAUGUGGCUCUGAUGAGCACUUCCCAAGCGAAUGCGAGUAGCCACGCGCAGCCCUCCGCACCAUCGCCCGGAUCUUUUGUGGCCGUCAAUUCUCGCUCCCACGCCGAGAACGGUGCCUCGUCAUCUACGCGCCACGAGCUCAUGUCCAAAUUCCAAACCGUGAGUGAGCGAAAGGCCUCAGUGCCUGUCAAUGGGACAUUGGAUAGCAACCGUGCUUCGAUAGCGCCCCAUAGUCACUCUCACUCCUCGACCCCUGUCCCUCACGCUACCAAACCUCCCCCCAAACCGAUUGAACUUGGCCAACCAGCGUUGAUGCAACGCCCACAACACAUGUCGGAGUCGGAACUUCACCACGUAAUGAACUCGCCUGUUCCCAUUCCCAAUACACCGUCGAAUCUGCUUCCGGCUACCAGCCAGCGCACUCAGCAGUCCCAGGAAAAAGAUGACGGCGGCCCUUUCAAGUUUGCAAUGGUCCAGCGCAUGGAAAGCUUGCUCAAGGGAGAACGGAUACUCCCCCCAUGCGAUCGGUGUCGCCGACUUCAUAUGGACUGUCUCAAAAACCUGACAGCGUGUAUGGGAUGUACCAAGAAGCACGCAAAGUGCUCCUGGAAGGAAGUGCGAGAGGGUGAAUUGAGGGAUGGCACAUUCUCGUAUCCCACUUCGGGCACUAGUGCUAUACAUAGCGAAAGCGAAGAGAACGACGGUCACGGGCAUCCCGAUCGUGCGAGUACCGACAGUCCAACGGGUAUCGGGAGUCCCAUCGGCCCUGUAUCAGUACCCGCAAGCCACCCUCCGGCUACAGCACCUCCUUUACAAAUACGCCCACAACCGACACCCACGUAUCCGCAACAGCCCAGCUCUACGCCCGGUCGGGACUCCCCUUCUCACCGGGAGCACGAAAGGGACCGCUCUGUUGACGUGCAAGCUCAAUUGCAAGAAGCAGCGAAAUCCGGGCUCGCGCAUGCAAACGGACGCCUUGGUGGCAUGCAUGAUGGCAGUAUAAACGACAGUAGCAAACCACCUGACUAUCAGCCUCUAGUCGCUUAG